AUGUUUCCAAGCAGAAUAUCCCCCACAGUACUGCUUUUUUGCGUCUCUGUCCUCUUGUUAAACAGUAACGCACAAGCACAAGUAAAGCGGCCAUCAUGCACCAAAACCGGAGGCCUAUCCAAGAUCGUCGGGUACUAUGAAGGCUGGAGUUCCCAGCGACCUUGCCGUGAAGACAAAUUGCAAGACGUUCCCAUUGGGGUCUAUACACACAUCAACAUUGCAUAUGCAACAAUCGACCCGCAAACAUUCGAAGUCCUGCCGCCAACCCGUGGAGACGCAGAUCUAUAUCCCAUGAUAGGGCAGAGCAGAUGGGACCCUGAUCUCGCGAUGUUCAUCUCGAUCGGAGGCUGGACAUUCAACCAACCUUCAGGACCUACCGCAACCACUUUCUCGGACCUUGUAGCGUCUGAAGAAAAUCAGAGAGCAUUUUUCAAGUCCUUGACUUCCUUCAUGUCGACGUAUGGGUUUGAUGGCGUGGAUUUGGACUGGAGUUAUCCAGGUGCCAAAAACAGAGGUGGAAGGCCAGCAGAUUAUCACAACUUCCCAAUCUUCAUUCGCAGAUUAAAAGAAGCUUUGAGAGGAACAACUGGUCGCCAAGGAUUGUCUGUCACCCUACCAGCAAGCUCUCGAUAUCUGCAGCACUAUGAUUUAAAGGCACUGAAUAAUGAUGUGGAGUGGUUCAACCUGAAGUCAUUCGACCUGCACGGAACAUGGGACAAAGGCGAUCAAUGGACCGAAGCUCGCAUGGCAGCACACACGAAUUUGACUGAGAUACAAGGCGCUCUAGAUCAUUUAUGGCGCAACAACAUCUACCCAUACAAAGUAGUCCUAGAACUUACCCUUUACGGACGUGGUUACAUAGCUACUAGUCCGUCAUGCAUGGAACCCGGUUGUCCGUUCGAAUCAGGUUCGCUGUGUGGGAACUGCAGUCUUGAGAUUGGCGUCUUGCACAACACCGAGAUCGACACUUUGCUUAUCGAAAAGAACAUUGAGCCAAAUUUCUAUGAAGAUGCUGCUGUCAAGGUAGUCACAUGGGAUGAUCAAUGGAUCGCUUAUGAUGAUGUGGAAACCUUGGGUAUCAAGGUCGAUUUUGCCAAAGGCCAAUGUUUGGGAGGCGUGAUGGUGUCUGCGAUGACCCAUGAUGACUGGAACGGGACAUGCUCGUAUGCGCUCGACAAGGCUGUUGGUAGAAUUAUAAGAUCGGUGCAUUGGGCGGGGACACCAGAUGUCUAG